AUGCAAUCUGUUGUGGUCGUCCCGUUGUUUAUUGUGCUGUUCGGUAGCGCGGUCUGUGUGGCAGAGGAUGUGGAACCCAUUACCGUCGGUUAGUCAUCAAUUGAAGAGACAUUCAUUUUUAUAGUAUUGUUAAGACGGGGAGAGGCUUCUGGUUUUCUCGUUUUCCGUGAAAUUAAAACGAGAAAAUACGUUAGCCCACCCUAUAUUAAAUCUAUAAAUAUCCGUGGUAUAACUGUGUUUAUAAACAAAGUUGCUUAAAUGAUUUUAUCUUUUGUGUCUGUAUAUACAGUGGGUCUAUUCCCGUCCGAAGGUUCGGUAGAACAAAUGGCCUUUGAGUUGGCCAUACACAAAGUGAACCUGGACCCAUCAUUAUCCAACGAUGUCAAGCUCGAAGGUCGGGUGGAAAUCGUCGACAUCAACGACGGUUAUCGGACCAGCCAAAGAGGUAAGAUGAUCUCGACCGGGACCCCCCAAACAUACUAUUGUUAAGUUAUACCUAAACUACGUUAGUAAACAAUUUGGGUAGAUAAAACGUUUUAACACGAUAAAGUGUCAUAAUACAUACAUAUUGUUUAAAACAUAUAUUUUUUUUCAACCCCUGAAUUUAUUAUACAUAUUUAGUAUGCGAUUCCCUCGAAUCUGGCGUCGGGGCUUUUUUUGGCCCGGCAGGCGACGAAGCUUCGGUUAUAAUUCAAUCGAUUUGCGAUGCGAUGGAAAUUCCUCACAUCGAAGCCCAUUGGAAAAUGAACCCCAAUCAGCAGCCUAAUAAUUACUAUGUAAACGUUUACCCGGAUCCGGUGGUCCUCAGCCGCGGGUAUACAGCCAUAGUCCGUGAUAUGGAUUGGACUUCAUUCACAUUACUGUACCAGCGAGAAGAAGGACUGUUGAGAUUGCAACAUUUAAUUCAAGACUAUUCAAGGUCGACCAAAUUAUCGGAUACUCCAUCUUCGGCUUUGGCUAUUAUUAAACUACCCGAAAAUAAUGAUUUUCGGUAAUCUAAAAAGGAAUUGCCAUAUAGAUACAUAAAUUUAAAAUUACUGAUAAAAAUGAUUAAAUCAUUUUCCAGCCCCAUGCUCAAAAAAGUAAAAAAAUCGCUGGAAAGUCAUAUUGUUUUGGACUGUGACACUGACAUCAUAUUGACCGUACUAGAUCAAGCCGAAGAUGUGGGCUUAUUGGAUGAUUAUCACAGUUUUAUUAUCACUUCUUUGGUUAGUUAAAAACAAGUAAUUGUUUUUAAAAUUGUUUUAAUUUAAAAAAAUCCAUAUUCUUGUUAUCAAGUUUGUGUUAUUAUUUUGCUUUAUUAAUUCAAAAUUCAGUAUAGCUCUUAGAUAUAGAAUUUUAAUAAUAUGCAAACCUACUUUUAAAAUGUAAUAGCUAAUAGGUAUUCUAAUUAUUAUUGUGGUGAUUAAAUUUACAAGUAGUGACGCAAAAACGGCCUAGUUACCAAGUAAUGCAAUAUUUUAGGUUCUCGAGUGAGUGGGUUUAGAUUAAUAAUGAGUUGGUGACAUAGAGAAACUUAAAAAGUUUUAAGAAUAAAACGAGUGGGUGGAUAAUUAAAAUGUUGGCUUCAUGUGCUCUCAGAGUUCUUUUGUGUGCCACUGUAAACAAGUCAAUAACGGUUUUAAAGAGAUGUUAUUGGUAAACGCUCACUCCUUUUAGGCAGUAACUUUUUACAAUUGAAUAAGCUGAGGCAGCCUAUGUAAGGCUAUUGAAAGACUGAGAUCCGUUUGGUAAUGAUAAGAUUGGCUAAUGAUAAAUCCUGAUGUAAAAAAAAAAAAAACCAGGAAUAUGGAUAUGCCACAUACAGGCUUUUAUUAUUUCCUCCACGUUCAUAAAAACGUGAAUAUAAUAUGAACAUCAGCAUUAAUAUUGUAUUAAUAUAUGCUAAUUAAUACUUCAACUAUUAAUUACUACCAGCAUAAUAUUAUUAAUAUUAAGUUGUAUGCGAUAUGGAUUAAAUAUGUUGUUAGCUCAUUAAUUAUAUUUGUAUUAACUUUUAAGUAUAAACAAAACAAAGAGCUAAUACUGCUGAAUGUGCUUGGUAGGUAGGAUAUUUAAAGCAACUUAUUUUAAAAUAAAAAAAUGAUCUCCUCAUUGCACCAACUAGGCAAUAUCUAUUUUUACCAGAAAUUAUAAAAUUAAUUAACGGAGCAGGAUAUUUCAUAGGAAAAUUGUUUAUAGACAUUAAAACAACUCACUUUAUAGUAAUUCUAUUAAUUUAUCCUAGUAGAAUCUAUAAUAAAUGUAUAUGUGUUCAAAACUGUAGCCUGAAGUAAUGUUAUUAAGUAAAGUUUUUUUUCUUAAAUUAUGUUUAAAAAUUAGUAUAAGGGAGAUGUGAUUGGCGAAGCCACCAUACUAAUUACUUUUAGUUUAAUAAUUACAAGGUAAAUUAAUUUUGUUUAAGUCUUAUAGUCCCUCUUAUUUUAUUUUCCCAAUUCGAGCAUUGAUUUUGAAAUACCAUGACUUUUACAAUGUUCGUUAAAAUUUAAAAUUAGAACAGUUUAAUAAAAACUGCAUAACGCUUCAACAAUUUUAUCUCCAGAAAACCUUAUACUCGUAUAUACUAAACAAACUUAAAAAUGUAAAAUGCCUUUAAUUUGCUCAAUAAUCACUAGAAUGUAUUGAACAUUUUACCACGUCUAGAAAUGGAAGUAUUCUGUGAAAAAGAUGUAAUUCAGAUAUCUAAGAUUAUUUUUAACCGAAUUACUACAAAAUAAAAGAUUACAGCUGUACAUUUUCAUGUUUUUCCUACAUCGUUUCCUGAUCAUUGUGAAAACUAAAAAGAAUUGUAUUAAAAAACUACCUCACAAAAACUAAUUACAAUUUAUCUUCAAAAAAAAAUACAAUACUUGAAAAUCUGGAAAAAAACAUUUCAUAGUAAAACCAAUAUAUUCAUUACUGUGUUAAAAUCUAAAAAAUAGUAUGUAUUCUAAAUUCAUACUAUUGCUAUAAGCUACUACCUAUAUAAAACAAAUUAAACAAACUCCAACGUUUGUUGAAUUUGUUUUGGAAAGGAGAAUUUUGAAAUUUCAACUAAUUCCUCCCCUUUAAUUUCAGUUAUAACCACCACUGAGGCAUAUAUAAUACAUAGUUAUACUUUAUACAAGUUAGUUUUUAUUUAUAAAAUAUAAGUUAUAACAAGAAUACCGUAACUGUCUUACUUUUGUUAAUUAACCUAGGUAAUUUAUAAUUUUUUAAUGUCGUAAAAUAAAGUAAGUGAAUUGAUUUAAAUAAUUUCAUUUUAUCGUAGGAUGUAAAAAUAUUAACAAUGUUAGUGAUUUAAAUUAUAAUCGAAAUUAUAUCAACUUAUUUUACAGGAGAAUAACACGGUUAACUAAUAAAAAAAUUCAAACUCAUUCUUCAAAAAUAUGAUUAAAUGUAUAUUUUGAUUUAUAUAAUAUAUUUUUUUAUACUGUUCCUAUAUUAAUGAUACAUUAUUUGUACGAUGUCUAAGGAUGCGCACACAUUAAAUUAUGGUCACUUACAAUUCAAACGAACAAACAUUACUGCAGUAAAAUUAAUUGAUCCCUUGAGUCCAACGGUGGGUAGUAUAAUGGCAGAUAUCGAGUUCGUUCAACAAAGAAUGAAUUUGAACACGAUGAAAGUAUUCCAAGCAGAUACUAUUACCGUAAAUUACAUAUAUCCCAAAUUUAUACAAACCAUGACUUUAUCUUAAUAUGUACAUUUUUAAAUACAUUAUUUCAGGUCAACGCAUUAUUGAUGUUUGACGCAGUUAACGUGUACGCUCAAGCGUUACGUGGUAUUGGAGGUUCCAAAGUUAUCAAGGCAGAGCCAAACAAUUGUGCAAAUAGAUCAAGUACAGGUUGGCCCAGUGGAUUUGGACUCAUAAACUUCAUGAAAAUCGUAAGUCAUUUAACCAAAAUGCAGAAAACUAACAUUUCUGAUGACUAACGCGUAUAUAACCGAAUGGAAAUAUUUAUUCAAUACUUUCCUAUAGAAUAAUAAUAAAUUGUAUAUUUUAUAAAAAAUUGAAAACGUUAGAUAAAUCAAUGCGAUCUCUGGGUCAACGGGUAGGUACGCACGUGAGUAAACUUUCUUGUUGUAUCCGUUUUGGCAACUAAAAACUAUACUAAACAUACGAGUGUUCACCGUUUGAGAUUAGUCAUCGCUUUGGCUCAUAUAAGUAUAAGCCUAACCUAACCUAAUCGACCCAACGAUCUUCUAUUUUAUUAUUCAUAUGAAUAAUUCGAAAAAUUAUCGUGUGAAUGCCAACCCUUGACAUUCGAAUUUUGAUCCUAAUUUUGCAGAUUUUGUUUAGCACUUACAAGCAAAUAAACCAAAAUUAAAAUUGUCCCAAUUCCUUAAUUAAAUGUCAAAACUAUAAAAUAUUUUUUAUGGGGAGUCUAAUAAUCGCAAUAUACUCGUGAUGUACAUUUACUGAACAUUAUAUAUAAAUUGAAAUAAAUUCGUAUAAUUUGACACCCUAUGACCUACAAUGGCGCCGAUUUAUUAUUUUAACUUUAAAAUAAGUCGUGGCUACUUGAAAUGAUAGUUUUAAAAUAAUACAAUUUUAGAACACCAUUAGAAAUGGAAACAAGCACCAGUACCAAAAUUGUUUACAUCCAAGUUAUAAUAUUAUGACUGCAAAAUAUUGAACUUUAGAUAGGUACUUGUUCUCACUUAUAACAGCGUUUUACAAUAUAAUAAUAUUGUAAAAAUAACAAUAGUAUUAUUUUAAAACUAUUGUCGUCACGAUUUUUUUUAAAGGUAAAAUUUUUAAUUAGCGUCAUUGCAGGGAGUCAAAUUAUACAAAUUUUUUUUUUAUUUAUGUAGUAUUCAGUAUUUACUGAACACUACCCAUUAUGUUGCAAUUAUUUAUUAAAAUUUUCAAUUAGUAUAAUUGAUAUAAAUAGAAUAUAUGUAUACAUAUCUCUAUUUAUAUACUUGAACAAUUUUGUGUUAUUUCUAUUGAGCUUUUUGAAUCAUUGAGUCAACAUGUAUUCUAGGUAGAAGUCGAUGGUCUUACGGGAAAAUUACGAUUUAAUCAAAAAUCAGGUUACAGAAAUUAUUUUACGUUACAAAUGGUCGAAUUAACGAAUACGGGGUUCAAAAAAAUCGGAGUAUGGGAUCCACAGAACGAAAUGACGUAUACGAGAACUAGAAAUCAAAUGUUGGACGAUCUAGUGAAUGCAAAUAUGAACAAAACUUUUAUUGUUGCUUCAAAAAUUGUAAUUAUAUUAUAUGUAUUGUUUAUAUGUUUUUACCAUAUACAUGCACAUAAAAAAUAAAGGGAUAGAUAAAAUGUGUAUUAUAUUUUUACAGACAGAACCAUAUAUGAUGUUAAAAAGUGAUCAUAAAAAUCGCAUGGGCAAUGACAAAUAUGAGGGUUAUGUGGUAGAUUUAAUCCAGAUGAUUUCGGAAGAGACUAAUAUCACGUACGAGUUCAGAUUGCGAAAUGACGGUAAUGGUAAAAAAGAUAAAAAAACCGGAAAAUGGGAUGGACUUAUCGGAGAAGUUCAAGAAUUGGUAAGAAAAUAUAAAGUGUGUAACAUGUUAAAUCUAGAAGAAAAAUAACUUACAUAAUAAAACUUACCGUUUUUAAACAACGGAGUUUGUAAUUUUCUAGAGAGCCGACCUUGCAGUUUGCGAUUUGACCAUCACGCAUGAAAGAAGAGAAGCGGUUGAUUUUACGACUCCGUUUAUGAAUUUAGGUGAACAAAAUUAUAGUACCACAAUAAAUACUAAGCGUCUCAUUUUAAACUAUAAUAACUAUAUAAUAUACUUUUAAAAUAUAGGCAUCAGCAUCCUGUUCAGUAAGCCAAAAGAACCUGAAACCAAUUUGUUCUCUUUUACACAACCGUUAUCGUUUCACGUAUGGAUAUAUACAGCAACCGCGUAUUUGGGUCUAUCGAUUGUUCUUUAUAUACUAGCUAGGUUGGUAUCAAAAUGAAAACGUUUUAAUGUAUAUAAUAAUGAAUGUUUGUAAAUAUUAUACAUACUGUUUAAUAACUAUUUUAAGAAUUACGCCCGAUGAAUGGCAAAAUUCUCAUCCGUGCGUUACGGAACCCGAAGAGCUCGAGAACUCAUUGUCUUUAAUAAAUUGCUUGUGGUUUUCUCUGGGUUCCAUACUAUGCCAGGGAAGUGAAGUGUUACCCAGGUAAAUUAUGUAAAUAUUAAAAAAUAAUUUUAAUGACUUAAACACGUGUUAGUUCCGCAGUGUAACCCAUAUUAAAAAUGUUAUAGAGCUUUUUCGACAAGAGUAUGUGCAUCAAUGUGGUGGUUUUUCGCGUUGAUCGUGAGUCAAUCAUACACGGCCAAUUGGACUGCGUUUCUGACGUCGAGUAGAAAAGAAUCCGCAAUCAAAAUGGUGGACGAUUUGGAUAAACAGUCGGCCAUCAAAUACGGAUGUGUUAGAGGACAAUCCACCGCUGGUUUUUUUGAGGUUAUAAAUAUAUAUGUCAUAGCCACUUCGUGAAAUCGAUCUUUUAAUGAAAAGGAAUCGCCUUUUUCACAUUUCGUAAAAUUCAAAAAUAGUCACUUUUUCAUGAAAUGGACAAUCGAGUUGACAUCGUGUACCAAAUUUUUUACCCACCAUGAUCGACCACAUUGUGUAUAGAAAUAGAACAUUUUACCGCACUCGAUUAUUAUUGAUUUAUUUUUAUUAGGUAUUUAUCGACAUAUAAAAAAAAGUAAAUCUUAAGCUGUAAUUUGUAAUUUGUUUUUAUUUUACUUUUUUGAGCAAAACAAUGAAAUCGCAACAAUGGCUGUUAUAUCACAUGGCUACCUUUGUAAUAAGUACAUCGUUUGGUUUAAUAGACACUUUUACAAGAACAAUGUAGGAAACCCUGACCCACUAAUACAACUUGGACAAACGAAAUUAAUUAUUUUAUUUGUCAACUUGUUCAGUCAAAAGUUUUUAGUAAGCAUACUGCAUAUUUCAAAAAAAAAUAUUGUUUACGGUUAAUUGUUUAAUUUAGCAUCGAUAAUUUCAGUUAUUAUACUCUCAAUUAUUUGAUCAGAGAUGUACGAUUUUUUGACUGGUUUCUGUAAAUAAUAAUUUGUUAGUUUUGUGGAAAACUGACUUUUCCAUAUUUCCACACGUACCUACAAAAAACUAGCUAGGAAAAGUGAAAUGUAGCCCAAAAGUGGUCCAAACCACAACUAUACUAAUACAAAAUAUACUACCUAUUGGAUAAUCAAAGCAUAAUCAAAAUACUGAUAAUGUGAAUAAUAUGUAUUAUUUAAUAAUCUUUGGAAUAAACCGAUUUUCGAAAUAAAUGGUCAGACUAUAUUGCACGCAUGUUUGAGAUUUUCAAGUACAUAUUAUAAUAAUACAAUAAUAGUUGAGUAAAGUAAAUAUUUUACAUAUCAGUACACGAAAUGAUCGACGACAUAACCCAAAAAACUACACGAUAUCAAAUUUCAAUAUCCAUUUUGUGGAAUGAUAUCUACUUUAUGAAAUUUUUAAAUAUUUUAAUAAGUGGAAAAAAUGGUUUCCAUUUUAUGAAAUGCACGAUUCAUCAUAUGGAUGCGAUAUUAUACAUAUAAAAAAAAACUUUUAUGCCAUUUACACCAAGUUUAUUUAUUUAGAUAGAAAUUUAAUUUUAAAUUCAGUUUUUUUAUUAUAGCACAGUGACGUGAAUUUAUAUCAGAAAAUGUGGAGCGUAAUGGAAACAUACGGUGACACGGUAAUGAUGUUCGACAACAAACAGGGCGUGGACCGUGUAAAAAAAGAAAGAGAGGCUUACGCUUUUUUUAUGGAGUCCAGUACAAUCGAAUACGAAGUGCAAAGAAAUUGCGAUUUGACCGAAGUUGGUGCGUGGUUGGACAAUAAAGCUUAUGGAAUUGCGAUGCCUUUUAGUAAGUACUUAUUAUAAGUUGAAAACACUUUUUGGGACAUUGCAAUAGACUGUGUUUCAACUAUACAUAUUCAAUGCAAAUAAAAAUAAUUCUAGCUGGCAUGUACGCUUAAUGCUAUCAGUGUAAAAUUUAUUAGAUUAUGGUUACAUUAUAUUUCCAGAUGCUCCUCAUAGAACAAAAAUCAGUAUGGCUUUAUUGAAACUUUCUGAAUCCGGAAAACUAAUGGAACUAAAAGAUAAAUGGUGGUCGGUGUCUGAAGACAAAAUGUGUCCGGUAAUAUUUUAUAAAAUCGAUUAAACUUGUGAAAAAAUGUUCUAGGUUACUCUGCACAGUCGAACAUUAAACUUACGAAACGCGGACACUUGUCACUAUUAUUAUAUUAUUAUACUUAGAUAUAAAUAUUCAUAGUAUAAAAUAUAGAUGUAUACUCACAAAUUAUGAAAAAUUGUAUUGAACAUUUUAUUAAGUUAAUAGACUCUAUAAGAGAUAAACAUUUAAGUACAUUUUAAUUGUAUAUGUUUAAUAUUAUUUGUCAUUACUAUAAUAUAAGUAUAUUAUUAACGAUUUCAAUUAAAAUAUAAACUUUAAUAUAUGUUUAUAUACAGUAGUAGUAUAUAUAGUAAUAGUACAAUGUGUAUUUUAAACAACACAAUUUUGUCAAUACUAUUUAUUGUUACAGGUACCAAAAAGUAAUUCGGCAGAAUUGGACGUAUCCGAAGUGGGUGGAAUGUUUGUCAUUCUCAUUUUUGGGUGUCUAUUAGGAUUCUUAUUCUCUCUGUUGGAAUUCUUAUGGAACAUUCGGAAAGUGGCUGUCGAAGAAAAAGUAAAUUUUACAUUAUUUAUAAAACUGAAACAGGAAUUAAAAUUAAAAUUAAAAUUAGUCAUUUGGCAGUAUGUAAAUAAAUAAUAUUAAGUGAAUAACCACUGACUGCAACCCACAGCAUAUUGUCGUUGUUAGAUCGUACCUAACUUUAGUUUCUAAACGUAGCAAGGAAUAUAUUUUGUCUUCUACGAGGUCUGGCUAUUAAAUAACGAGACUCAUUAUGAAAAAUGGUUUUAUUUUAAAAAUUAUUCCACAACUAAAUUUUCCCCUUCAAUAUACUCUCCUCCCCUCUUCACACACCGUUUAGUUCGUUUCUUCCAUUGUUCGAGGCAGUGCUGGAAGUCUGUUUUCGUAAGACCAUUCAGGAGUUCCGCCGAUUUUUGUUUCACCUCUUCCAUCGACUCAAACCGGAUUCCUUUUAAGGCAGGCUUAACAACUUAGAGCACUUAGUUGGAGUGUUUUUUAGUUUAACGAGAAAAUUUUACGUUUAUCCGUUGCUCAUGUUUUUCGUCACACAUCGUUUUCGGCAAGAGAAAAAAACAUGUUCGUUUCUAAACGCUACAGAAAAAAUACUAAUGCACCAACAAAAACCCAAUUUUGUACUGGCAUAAUAGACACUUCCAGCUAACCAGCGCUGUAUUCGGUUUUCCCCUCACCUUUUUGGGACGCUCUCUGCGCGCGCAGUCUCGUUAUUUAAUGGCCAAACCUCGUAUGUAGGUAAAUGUGAUUUUUAUUUUUUGGUUCCUGGUUUCAAACCAUAUGUAACCGGACUUUGUUCAGAAUCGUAUUUCGUAACCAAUAAGUCAUCGUUGCUUACAGAUAUAGAUCAAAAACUUUGUGUACCCUACGUCCCUACCAUUUGUAUAAUUUAACAUUGCAUAAAAAACCAUAUCUUACUUUCUUAGAAUUCAUAAACAUUCGAAAUGUUCAUAUAUUAUAUUAUUAUAGCAGUAUCUACAUAAUAAUAAUAUCAUACUAUCGUCGUAUCGUUUUACAGUUGUCACCAUGGGAUGCAUUUAUGUUGGAACUGAAAUUCGUGCUCAAAUGCCACCAUUCGACUAAACCGGUGAGGCACACCGAAAAUUCGGACGAACAAUCAACAGAAAGCUAA